AUGCAAACUCCGAACACAAAGGCCCAGGUGAUCAGGGAGUUGAACCUGGAAUCUUCUUGCUCUCUUGCAGUGUCAGAGGAUGUGAAGGGGGAGGUGCUGUCUAACCUGAAGAAGCUGGUUCGUGACAGGAGACAUGUCCCGGGCGUGUUGGCAGUGCCUCAGUUCAAACGGCUCCCUGACUUCUGGGGCUGGUACAAGUACUUCAUGGACACUCACAACCAGGAGGGAGUGGAAGACUUGGACCGCCUGUACUUGGCUUACCUGCAGAACAAGCACCGCUCCGAGGAGGGCCCCACCUUUAACCACUACCUGUCCCACCUGAGCGAGAUCUACAAGAGCUGCGCCAACUCCGACGACCCAGAAUGCAUUGCAGAGUCCACCAGCAAACCCAAGGCUGCCGUCGUCAUGCCUGCCCCGAUCAAAUCUGCUGCGGUCCGUCUCUGCAACCCGUACAUCGACCCUUACUGCCUGUUCCCUCUCCUGCCCCACGCUGCAGCACCCGCCCCCGAACCCGAGCCUGAACCCGCCCCCGCACCCGUCAAAGCCCCCGUCCCCAUCCUCACCCCCUUCCUCCCCAGGCCCCUCAAAGCCCCCACUGGCUACUACUACUACGCCCCCGUCCUGGAGCCAUUUCUGAGUGCUGAGCAGAGGGCAGAACUUCUCAGAAUUUGCAACCCCGAAGAUGUUGAGUGCCUCCAGUAUCACUUAAGAGCUGCUUAUGGAUACCGCCCCGCACCUGGUCCAUUCCCAUCCUACGCCUCUCUCAAAUGUGACCCCAAGGACCCCUACUGCAUGCCCCUCCUCGUCCAGAAAGCUCCUACUGGGUACUACCACCUCAUGUACCCAGCAUGCGACCCCAAUGUUGACCCCCUCUGCGUGGUCAACGUCGCAGCUCCCCUCACAUCCGGAGAAGCGCCUAAAGAGCAGCACUGCAAUCCUCUUUUCGACGCCGGUUGCAAUCCACUCACCGCCACCAAGCUCUCCGAACUGACCAAGCCCGUCCUGGAGUACCCCAUGAAGGAUGCCCCCGCUGAUCCGGCCCCAGUCGCUGCUGCUGCUGCGUACAAAGGUGCCCCCCUGUCGUGUGACCCCCGCGUGGACCCCUACUGCCUCCUGACCGUGGCCGCCGCCCUCCGCAGACCACCUCCACAGAUGCCCGAGCACCAGGUCCGCUACCGGCUGGGGGUCCCGGGCAAGACCAAGGAGGGCUACGACUGCUACGUCCACUACGACAAAGACUGCAUCGCCCUGGACGCCGCAAUGAAGAGCAACCUCCAGGCCCCUCCCAAACCUGCGUGCCACCCCUUCGACCCGAAUUGUGGUAAGUUUGUAGUCCCACCUGGCACUGCAUCGAAAACGAUCAAAGAUGGUAUCAUUUACCCCGAUCCACACUGCGAUCCCGAGUACGACUACAACUGCCGCCUGCGGAGAGUCGAGGCCGAACCUCAAGCCGAUAGCCCAGCCCCCGAACCUGAUAGUCCCGCCUCCGAAGCCAUGGAAGCCGCCCCAUUGGUUGAGGAGAAACAAGCAGAUGAGGCCAGCCCGUCGUCAUUUGAUGAUUUUCUGAAAAGUGUGAUAAGCAAAAGUCAAUAG